UAUCUAUAAAUGAGAAAGUUAUCUUAAUCCAUCCAGUUAAACAUUUUAAUAAAUGGGUAGUUUUUUCAUAUUUACGAUGAUAUGAUAAUAGAAAAUCCUAUAUUUCAACCCAUUUACAGCUCCCUAGACGUGAGAGGUUGGAUCAUUCCCGUUGAACCAAAAAGAAACCAAAUUGGAAAUCCCAAACUCAAAAGAUUCAUCCAUCUAUUAUCUACUUGUCCAGAUUCCAGUCUAAUUUUGAAAAUUCAUGAGCAGGACGAUGAACAGUCAACCUGCCCUAUCAUUCAGUAUCAUCGUUUCAUUUCUGUAUUUAUACCGUUACAGUUGCAACCACUGCCCACAGCACUUCACACUUUUAAAAGAAAACACUUGUUUUGAUUUGGUAGACACAGGAAGUGAAGCAGAUCGAUAAUGGCGGUCGCAGCCUCUGGAAUCAAUGGACUCAUCCUCACUCCCCUAUCCAAAGCCGACGAAAACUACCAUCGACCCACCGAGCUCAAAGCUUUCGACGACACUAAAGCCGGCGUUAAGGGCCUAAUCGACGCCGGAAUUUCCGAGAUUCCUCGAAUCUUCUACCGCCCACCGGAACACGAUCAUGACUCCGACAACGUUUCCGGCGAAUCCCAAAUCCGCAUUCCAGUGAUAGACUUAGAAGGCGGCGAACGGAAAGACAUCGUGGACCGAAUCCGAGAAGCAUCGGAGGAAUUCGGGUUUUUCCAAGUAAUUAACCACGGGAUUCCGGCGAGCGUCCUUGAAGAGAUGAGAGACGGCGUUCGCAGGUUUCACGAACAGGACACGGAAGUGAAGAAACAGUACUAUACUCGCGACAUCACCAAGCCUUUUGUUUACAACAGUAAUUUCGAUCUCUACACCACUGCCACGGCCAAUUGGAGGGAUACUUUUAGCUCCGUUUUUGCUCCCAAUCCUCCCAAUCCACAGCAAUUGCCCCAAAUUUGCAGAGAUAUAAUGGUGGAUUAUUCGAAACGAGUGAUGGAAAUUGGGAAAUUAGUGCUGGAAUUGCUGUCGGAGGGUCUGGGCCUGAGCCCAAAUUACUUGAACAAUAUCGGGUGCAGUGAGGGGCUUGCAUUUGUAUACCAUUACUACCCAUCAUGCCCACAGCCGGAAUUUGCCAUCGGCAUACCGGAGCACAGCGACACCGAUUUCAUCACCGUACUGUUGCAAGACCAAAUCGGUGGCCUGCAGAUUCGUUACAGGAAUGAGUGGGUGGGCGUGGCUCCGGUCGACGGCGCGUUAGUGGUCAACAUCGGAGAUCUUAUGCAGCUAAUUACAAAUGACAGGUUCAAAAGCGUCAAGCAUAGGGUUGUGGCAAACGAGGAUGGUCCGAGAAUAUCGGUGGCGGGCAUCUUCUCGAACGUGGCUUCGCCGAGCUCCAAAGUGUAUGGGCCCAUAAAGGAGUUGCUUUCAGAACAAAAUCCUGCAAUGUACACACAAACCACAAUCAGAGACUUCAAUAUUCAGUUCCGUUCAGACGGCCUUGGAACUUCUACUUUGGAGCAUUUCAAGCUGACUCGAGCAGAAGCAGAUCUUUAAAUUGCAAGGAACAGAACACUCCAGCAGGACUUUCGGGUCAUUAAAUAAUGUUAUAAUAUGUUUGUAUCAAAGUAUCAUUUGUGUGUUAAUAACAACCUUGGAAAAUGGAAGCUGUAUCAAUUUCAUAGCUUAAUUUACAUUUGUUUUGCUUAAGAUUUAAAAAAAAAAAAGUGUAAGAGUGAUGAGAAUGAGUUAAUUAAAAAAAAA